AUGAAAGAGUUUUCAAUAACUGAUAUACCUGAAUUUUCCAAUAAGGAUCGAAUAGUGGUAGUGGGUGUAAUUGGCAAGUCACCACAUCGGUACCUGAAUAAAGCUUCGCCGCUAGUUAAUUCGAAAGUUUCCGAGGACAAUGGAAUACAAUGCUGUUGGGACGAAGGUCAAAGCAUCCUCUACCUGCAUGCUACAACAUUUCUGGAUACAGACAGAUUAUGUGCUCUUGUGGAAGACCUAAAUGAGAAUUCAAAAAGUACUGUUAAGGAUGCAGAUGCAGCACACUGGCUGGUGGCAUCUGGAGAGCUUACUAUUGAUUCUUGUAAAAUCAUGGCCCUGAUGUUUCAAUUGUGUCAUAUUGUUGUACUGUCGUCACCUACACCAGUGUUUGAUUUGGGAUAUUUACAGUUAUUUAAAGCAAUUGAUGCAUAUAGAAAUGAGCUGAGUGGCCAAAUAGAGGGUGCUCUUAUUGAAGCUGGUGUAUCUGACACGUGGGAGUCCCGAGGAAGGUUUUGUUGCCCCCGCCUGUUGUUUCACUUCAGAAGAGCUCCAACACCACUUCGAAAAAAUCCUGCUGGUCUGAAGAGAUUGGAGCAUGCUAUAGAGGACCAGAUAUAUUUCAUUUUGAGGAAGUCUAGAGUUAUUACUAAUGUUUGUGCCAAAUCAAUAUUUGCAAUACCAAAGAACGAAGAGUUUGUCUACAUCAGUGCGGAAGAUAACAAUAAUGCAAGAGACGUAAGCUCCUUAGUAAGAGGGUUAGUGCAGCUCUGCAAUGGAACACAGGACGAAGUAUCGACGCGCCCCACCUUCUCCCAGUUCCUGCAAACCCACCUAGAUGUCGCCUUUGAAGAGGGCUUUGAUGACAAUGUUGGGAAGUACGCUAUGAGCACCUCAUUUUUUGAAUUGCCAAGUGCUAAAUCAUGGAGUGUGGUCGCAAAGGCGCUCGUACCAGUUUAUUUAUCGGAGUCCAUUGCUCCCAACGAAGAUCGGGACGACUAUGGUGCUCUCUUUGACUCAUUGGCUACUGACGUUCGAUUCUCUAAAGCGAGAUGUGCUAAGGUGUUACCCAUAGCACAAGCUUCGUAUGCUGAAGGGUUGCCAUCACACUAUUCAAGCCAACACCAUGCUCAUAAGGUCAACGUAGCGCUGGGAGUUGUAGAGGCGAUGGCUCGUGGUCCAUUAGCUGGUGGUGCUCGGGCAAGACUGAGGACCGCUUGUGCUGCCACCUGGCGGACGCGUCGGUUGUGCGAAGCACCCUCUCUGACGUCACAUCCUUGUAUCAACCCAGACCAUGACAAUUCAAAGGAGCAUUCGUCUGGGGUCCGCUACAUCAGCGCGUGUAACUGCGGGCGAAGCAAAUGCUCGCGAGAAGAUCCUUACACUGUGAAAGCGGCCAACCACACCUUUUACAGCCACGCGGGCGAGGAGUGCGGGGUAUGCAACACUCUCCAGAGCGUCGCCUUUCCUGUCUUCCAGCCUUCUACCCCUAGUUACAGGGCAGCGUCGCUCAAAAGUUCUUCAGAAGAAACCCAAGACAGACCAGAAACGCGGAUUGAAGAUGGUUCUGGCAAUUCCCCCGAUGCAUCACCUCGCUCCGAAGGCUGGUCACAACCUGAUGAGCUAUCUCCUGGCUCCGCGAAAGAUGAAGAUGAUGAUGAACCGACUUGCAAUGAUGAGGCGCUUGAUGUUAUGCCUGUUAGGGAAGAAGCUGUUACAGAGAAAGUCAUUAGUCGCCAACCAUCGACGACAGAGUAUCUCCCGGGAAUGUUGCACACGCACAGCCCGGCCGGUCUGUUGCCGGCAUUUUCCAGCUGGUCCCUAGUGUGUUUAGGACCUUCCUCACUAUACUCGCAUAAUAUGGGUCUACCUGAGCAUUUGCAGCCUGGAUUUUUGCCUCACACCAAUUAUUUGCUUCCCUGGGACUGCGCUGUGCGUAUGGAGCAUGCUAAUGUGUGGCGUACGUCAACACGCGGGCGUGGAAAAGGGGGCGUGCCGCACAAUAUCACUGUUAAGAUUUUCAUCGGGUUCGAAUACGAAUGUCCAAGAGGGCAUAGGUUCAUGAUGUCUUCACCAGACACAGUAAUGAAUGGUGGAGGGGUAUCGUGGGGCAGAGAAGGAGCUGGCCCCACGAGCGGUGCGGCUGGGGCCCGUCUCGCAGCCAGCGAGAUGCCUUUAUACGUACCUUGUCUUUGUCGUCCCAGCGCUAUGCUGGCUCAGCUUAUUCGUUUGCACGUCGUAACACCAAAGAGCUCUGUGCACAUCACUCUAGCUCCUAAAGUGCAACCGGUGCUUGGUGGACCAAUUUUUGUACCACAACCGGAAACCGAGGGUCCCCUGAAACUGAGCAGCUCGGCUUACUGGAUACUCCGACUCCCUUACAUUUACGCUGAUGAGAGAGGCCCAAUACAAAGGCCGAGGACAUCUGCGGCGCACGUGGGCAGUAUGCUCACGCCACUCUUCGGCUUGCAGGAGUAG